AUGGAUAUAGGUAAUCAUUCCUGGCUGAAAAAUCUCAACCUGGACGCCUCCGGCUUAUUCCUCCUGGGAGUUACCAUCUGUGCUUUCUUGAUACCUGUGGUUCUUAUUCUACCCCCGGUUGGACUCCAGAAGAGCGAUGCCCUUAUCCAGACCCACACAAAGGCAGGCGUCGAAGGCUCAAAGAGCAAUUUAAAGAACCAAUACUCGGCCGAACAUGCCCCGCGAGAGGGCGAGCCUCCGAAGGUUCACAGUCUUGUUAUUUACCCCGUGAAAUCAUGCAAGGGCAUCGAACUGAAGAGGAGUAAAGUUUUCCCGACGGGGCUCCAGUUUGAUCGUAUUUUCAUGUUUGCCCAGCUCAAGAGCCCCUUUCCCGUAGCUGUCGACUCGACGGAUGAGGAAAAAUCAGAGCACAAGUGGGAGUUCAUCACCCAGCGGCAGUUCCCUAGGCUGGCGAAUGUCACCGUCGAUCUCUGGUUGCCAGAUGAGAUGAAGCUGCGGAAACAGUCGAUGAAGUCGACGGAGGCCUUUGUGAUCCUGCGUUUUCCUUGGAAGGAGGAUGGCUGGCGUGGGGUUUGGUCUACGAUCACGGCUAAGCUGGCAAGAGGGCGCGCUGCCGAGCCUGAAAUAGAGGUCCUGCUACCAGUAGACUUUCCUUCGACUGAGGAUAUAAAGGAGAGGGGUUACACGUUCGGCGAUGUCAAGAUAUGGAAGGAAACUAUCAACGCUCUUAACAUGGAGAAGGAUCUGCCCGGGGAGCUGCAAAGGUACUUAGGUGUCAGCAACAAGCUUGCUCUCUUCAGGGUCGAUCCGGGACAGUUGCGUGAGGUCUAUCGAACCGCUCCAACCAAGGAAGAAGCUGGUUACCAACCCGUGACCGGAUUCCAAGAUGCUUUUCCUCUUCACAUGAUGAACCUAAGUAGUUUACAAGCAUUCAGCUCAGAGGUACCAAAGGACGACGAUCUAAAAGAGCUUGACGUGCUGAGGUUCCGGCCUAACAUAAUCCUUUCCAGUGCCGAAGCUUAUGACGAAGAAACCUGGAAGCAGAUCCGGCUUAAGCCGGGAAGUUCGGGCUUUUACAACGACUUCGCAUUCCACGUCUCAUGCCGAACCGUGAGAUGUAAAAUGCCUAACGUGGACCCAGCGACAGGCGUCCGCCACCCAACCGAGCCUGACAAAUCGCUCAGGGCGAAGCGGGCUGUCGACGAAGGGGCGCCGUUCAACGGUUGUCUAGGCAUGCAACUCACUCCCUUGUUUGACCCUAGCCUGGGAGAAGACCGUGAGGGCUGGAUUGCAGUCGGUAUGACAGUAGAGGUCGAGCAGAGGGGACACCACGUGUACAUCAAACAGUAAGGCGCCCUUGCUUGCCGUGCUAUCAGAUAGACGAAUGCACUUAUAUAUAUAGAAUAAGGAAGCGUGCCUGAUAUAUUAGGAAGUUGGAGGGGGAGUGUUACACCAUUAGGGAGGGAGACUCAUAAUGGACACAACCACUAGAACUACAAGCCAGACAAUAGACAAGGAGACAGAGUCAAAAAACCUCAGCACACGAACUAAAACGAGAGACAUGACAAGGUGCAAUGAGAUCUUGUGUUGGAAUUUAUCAUAAACACAGAAGACGACGACCGCCGGAUCUAAAUGAAAAAAACGCUCAACACAUGACAGCCUCAUCCACCGUCGAUCGUAAAACCAUACAGGCGCGGUAUAUCAUCCAUUCAUCCGUUCCCAUCUUGCUUCCGAAUCCAACCUUGGAACGACAUAACAAGUAAAUGCUCUACGGUCAAGUCAUGCAAUCGUGA